AUGUCUUUGGCCCUAGUGGAAAACUUCUCAUGUGAGCAGUGGUUUGGGUAUGACAGAAGAAUCGUCACGACCUCACUGUGGACAAAUGGUGGGAGAAGCAGAACACGGUCACUGUCCCCAGCAACCUCCCUGACUCGUACAACCUCCACAUCUAGUACAUCCACUGUUCAGCAGGGGAAAAGCAUCCCUCUCCUUACUUACGGCCCAAUCGUUGGAGACACGCAGUUCGUCAGGAGGACUGUGGACUUUACCUCGCAGCUCUUCAAGCUUCACAUUGGCUUCCCUCUGGGCUCCUCUCUGAGAGAUUUCCUUUACUUCACAGACAAUGGCCAGAUCAUUUUCCCGGAGUCAAGCAAUCAGAUCUUCUCCUAUCCCAAUCCACCUAGCCGAGGCUUCACAGCCUGGGAUACCAUGGCUGUGGUGGCUCCCUUCUGGGAUGAUGCUGACUUCUCCAGCCGCCGGGGAACCAUAUUUUAUCAGGAAUAUGAGACAUUCUAUGACCAGUAUAACCCACUAGUCAGGCAGGUGGAGUCUUGGAUUAGAAAGUUCACAAACUCCUGGAGCUACAAAGCCAAGUGGACCUUAAAGAUCACCUGGGUCGAUGCCCCUGCCUAUCCUGCCCAGUGGACCUCUGGGACGAGCACCUACCAGGCCAUUCUCUCCACCGAUGGGAGCAGGUCCUAUGCCCUGUUUCUUUACCAGAGUGGUGGGAUGCAAUGGGAUGUGGCCCAGCGCCCAGGCAACUCGGUCCUCAUGGGCUUCUCCAGUGGAGAUGGGUAUUUUGCCAACAGUCCACUGACGUUCCAGCCAGUGUGGGAGAGGUAUCGUCCGGACCAAUUGCUGAAUUCAAGAUUAGGCCUCCGGGGACUGCAGAUCUAUAGACUCCACAGGGAACCGAUACCCAACAACCGUCUCAAGUGCCAACAGUGGCUGCAGAGCCAGCCUCAGUGGCCAAGUUGGAACUGGAACCAGAUCGCCUGCCCUUGUACCUGGCAGCAGGGACAAUGGGACUUACGAUUCCGGCCUGUGAGCUCAGACUGGUGGGACCUCGGUGGCAGCAGGAAACUGUGCCGCUUCUCUUCCUGGCAAGGAGGUGUAUGCUGCAGCUACGGGUUGUGGGGAGAGCUUCGUGAAGGCUGGAGAGUGCACAGCCCUUCGCACUUAGAGCAAGAGCUGGAGCCACAGAACUGGUGCUGCCACUGGAAUGACAAGCCCUUCUUCUGCUCAAUGUACCAGCAAAGGCGGCCCCCAGUCAGCUGUGCCGGAUACAGGCCCCCACGACCUGGUUGGAUGUUUGGGGACCCGCACAUCACCACCUUGGAUGGUGCCAAUUACACCUUCAACGGGCUGGGGGACUUCCUGCUGCUGCGCGCCUGGGACGGGAAUUCCUCCUUUGAGCUGCAGGGCCGCACUGCCCAGACUGGCUCAGCCCCGGCCACCAACUUCAUCGCCUUUGCGGCCCAGUACAACUCCAGUAGCCUGGCCCCCAUCACGGUUCAGUGGUUCCUGGGGCCCAAUGACACAAUCCGAGUUCUACACAAUAACCAGACUGUGACUUUUGAGACCAAAGAUGCAGAAGGCCGGGAGACUUACAACAGCAGCGGGCUGCUGCUGACCCGCAAUGGCACCCAGGUCUCGGCCAGCUUCGAUGGCACGGUGGCCAUCACAGUAAUGGCCCUCUCCCAGCUCCUACACGCCUCCUCCAGCCUCCCCGAGGAGUACCAGGGCCGCACAGAGGGCCUCCUGGGACUUUGGAACAACAACCCCAAUGAUGACUUCAGGAUGCCCAAUGGCUCCUUCCUGGCGAGUGGGAGCACCGAGGAGGAGCUUUUCCAUUUCGGGAUGACCUGGAAACUAAACGGAACAGACCUCCUUGGUGAGAGGGACGACCAGCUGCCCCCCUCCUUCACCCCCGUCUUCUUCUCACAACUGCUGGAGAACAGCUCUGGUGAUGCGGCUUUGAUCUCUGGGUGCAAUGGAGACAGACAAUGCACGUAUGAUGCCUUGGCCAUGCGAGACGCCAGCGCUGGACUCCAUACCAGAACGCUCUUUAGAACAUACCGGGAGAUGAAUGCCACCCAAAAUCAGUUCCCACCGUCCAUCAAGGGUAAUCACACGAUUGAAGCCUACCAGGGAAAGACCACGUGGAUUCAGUACACCAGUGACUCAGAGAAUGUCACCUUCUCUCUCAGAAGCAACUGCACCGACUUCCAGCUCUUUGAGAACGGGACACUGCAGUGGACACCCAAGACGCUGGAACCUUUCACUCUGGAGAUCCUAGCACGAAGCUCCUCCACGGGCCUGUCAUCUUCCCUCCAACCGAAGACCGUGGUCUGCGUGUGCAGCACAGAGAGCCAGUGUCUGUACAACCAGACCACUUGGGUGGGCAAUUCCUCCCUGCAGGUGGCUGACUGCAGAUGUGAUGGAGACACCUUUGGCACCUCCUGUGAACGCACUGGGGAUCCCUGCUUGGAGCCAUGUUUCCCCGGUGUGAGCUGCAUUUCUGGGCAGGGCUGCGAGGCCUGUCCCAUGAACAUGACUGGGGACGGGCGGCACUGCGCAGCCCUGGAGAACUCUGACCUCUGCCAGAACCACUCCUGCCCUGUGAACUACUGCCACAACCAGGGCCACUGCUACAUCACCCUGAGCUGCCAGCCGGCCUGCACCUGUCCCCAAGCCUUCACCGACUCCCGCUGCUUCCUGGCUGGGAACAGUUUUACUCCAAGCACCCUUCAAGACCUCCCCUUACGAGUCAUCCAGCUUUCACUCAUGGAAGACGAAAAUGCGUCCAUCGCAGAGGUCAACGCCUCGGUGGCAUACAGACUGGGGAUGCUGGACGUGCGGGCCUUCCUCUGGAACAGCCUUGUGGAACUAGUCCCUGGCCCAGGAGCUGGCUCAGGCAGCCGGGUUCAGCACUGGAAGGUCAUCUCGAAGUUCCAGUACCGCCUGCGGGGACCCGUCAUCGACUUCCUCAACCACCAGCUGCAGGAUGCUGUGGUGCAGGCCUUCCUCCCCCAGCUCCAGAGGGGGCGGUGGAAGCGGAGCACGGGGCCCAGGAAUAACGUGGUCUUCUACCCCAUCUCAAGGGGAGACGUGCAGGAUAUCACAGCACUGAACGUGAGCACACUGGAGACCUACCUCCGAUGCAGCAGCUACCAGGGCUACCGCCUUGCCUACGGACCCCAGAGCGGCUUCACCUGUGUGUCCCCAUGCACUGAGGGCUACUGUGAUCAUGGAGGCCGAUGCCAGCACCUGCCAGAUGGGCCCCGCUGCAGCUGUGUGCCCUUCUCCAUCUACUCGCCCUGGGGUGAGCGCUGUGAGCACCUGAGCAUCCGACUAGGCGCCUUCUUCGGGAUCCUCUUUGGGGCCCUGGGCGCGGUCCUGCUGCUGGCAGUCGGGACGUUUGUGGUCGUGCACUUCUGUGCCUGCUUGAGGGUUAAGUCCUCCUACCCUCUGGGCAUACUAAGUUGAAGUCUCGCCUCCUGUGGAUACCUCAGACCCACUCUGGUCCUCGCCUCGCACUUUCGGAGCCCUGGCUCCGGGGAAACCCAGAGACGGGGAAAUGACAGAUGGUGAUUCGCGAUCCUCCGAGGAGAAUGGACCUUGCCCAGAACCCGCAGCGCUAGGGAAGAGGUGGACGCGAGCUGAUGCUGGCUCCCGCAGACAUCCUCCGAGCGGAGCACUAUGGCCCGCGUGGGGCUGGCAACUCUAAGUGAACCAACAUGCUUUUGCACACAAAACUCUCUUGUUUACCUCUGAUUAA